AUGAAUAUAGAUCUUUCCCGCUGGAAGAGCUUUCGGGGCGGGCGUGAAAGCAAAAGCAAGCCCCGACGCUUCUCCGGAGAACUCUACGGCGCGGCCGAGGACAGGUCGAGAAAAUCGCUGUCGCUGGGGUCGGCAAGGGCCGCCGCCGAGUCGUCUGCUAGGGAUGACGCAAAUGUCCCUCGGAUCCAGAGAGAGCUGUCCAAGCUCGGGAUCGCCGUCCCGGACGAGAAGGUGCUGGAGGUGCUCCGGGGCCGGUGCGCGAGCAGCGACCCGGACAAGGCGCUGCAGGUGCUGAUCGCGAUCGAGGACUCGAAGGACGGCGUCGUGUACGAUAUCUCGACCGAUGUCAGGAUGCUGGGCGGCGCGGAGAAUAAUGGUGGCGUGACGUGCUUUAUAGAUUCGCUCUUGUUUGCCAUGUUUGGGAACAUGAAGGCUUUUGAGGUGGCCAUGAUAUAUAGCCCCGCAAACGAUAUAGACGAUGAUGCCAAGAAGAUGGCUGCUCAUAUACGACUAUUUGUUAAUCUGUCGCGAAAAGGGACAUCGGUUACCACGGAAAUUAUAACAAAGUUGCAGUGGGCAUUAAACGACGCUGGUUGGGCCGAGGCAGUCUCCGGUCAACAGCAAGACCCCUCGGAACUAUUUGGUUUUAUUACUGACAGACUCAAACUUCCUCUCUUGACCGUCAAAGUUGAUAUCGCUCACGGCGGAAAGGAAAUGGUUGAUGACGACCACAAGUUUAUCAAUGAGCGAUUACUAAACCUAUCUAUCCCUCCUGAGUGGGGGCCAGAUGAUGUAGUCCCACUUGAAGCUUGCCUAGAGUCCUAUUUUCAUAGCCGAGUUGAUGUAAGGCGCCAAUUGGAGCGCCAGGCAACGAUGGAUCCACUACGCAUGCCUGACCAUGAUCAUGCAGAUGAGAAGGGCCCUGAAGUACUUCAUAUCGAGACUGCUGAUCUAGGUUCCCAGCCAAGCAGCCCUAUAGCAACUCCUCAAACCCCCGUCACACCUUCAUUCCAAACCUCCGAAUCAUCAGGCCCUUCCACACAGCCAAGAAAAGAGUCAUUGUCCCUCGUGCGUACUGUAACUGUUGAAGAUCAUGUUGUAGUUCCUGGCGGGCGCCGAAAACGUGCCACGACGAUGCGGAAGGAAGUUAUGCUUCCAGCAUGGUGCUUUUUCAGCAUAUUACCGUUUUAUACAGCCUCCUUACCUGAAGCAGAGAACCGAUCGUCCAACUAUGCAGAGCAUUUCGCGAAGAACCGCCCGGUCUUGGGAUUGUGUCUGAAAAGAUACUCAUACCACCCGAAGCAUGGUGCUCAGAGGGAUCCUAGGAAAAUUGAUGUCCCACUCGAGGUCGCUUUACCAACUUUUGUGAGUGAUGAUGAGAUGGGCGAAGAUGGGCGGAUAUACGGGAAUUUUAAGCUGGUGCUCCAAUCCGCCGUCUGCCAUCGCGGCAAUUCGGUCCACAGUGGUCAUUAUAUCGCCCUGGUAAGAAGUGAUAGGGAGGGGAUGUGGCUGCGAUUUGAUGACAUGAACAUUGCAGAACGAGUCAAGGAGAUUGACCAUAAGACUGCCUUUGAAGAAGAAACCCCAUACAUGCUGUUUUACCAGGUACAACCCCUUGACUCGGAUGAAAGAGUUGUGGGACCUCCACCCCCGGCUAUACAUUCGAUGGAAGCCACAUCCGAGAAACGCCUCUCGAUACUCUCAACUUCGUCUGAAAAUAGCAUCUUAACAAUACCUAUGAUUCCUGAACCAACGGUCAACGAGCCACCUUCAUAUGAUAACCAUAAAACCGCCCCAGAGCUUGGUACUUCGCCUCCGCCAGAGUACACUGCAGGAUUUCUCGCGCUCCCGGGCCGGUCCGAAGUUUCAACUCCUGGGGAGCAGAUUGAGCGACUACGCCCAUCAUCAAGAUCCCCUCAGAGGCCCGGUUCAAAGGAUGGCGCGUCAAUCGAGUCGGCGAAGAAACGAUCAAAGAGUGAGAACGCAGUAGGCGAUCGCUGGGAGAGUAUGCGUAAGAGUUUGCCAGGGAGGGGAAAGAGCCAGGAUAUAUUCUCGUUCGGCUCCCGUAAGAGCGGCGAGUGGAAACGCGAGGAGCAGCAGAAGCGGGAGGAGCAGCAGCCCGGGGAUGAGCGGCCGAGCGAAGAUAGCGGCGAGAGCGAGAUUUCGGAGAAUGCGAGUGUGGCAAAGAAGAAAGAUAAGAAGGGUAAAGGAAAGGAGUCCGAAGAUAAGGAGAAAGAGAAGAAGGGCAAGAACAAGGAAGACAAGAGGGACAAAAUCAUUGACUGGAGACCCAGUAAGGAGAUUAACAGGGAAUGCAGGAUCUCAUAG